CUUUCCUUUUGGCUUCCGCUCCUGGCCCAUGUGAGAGACUGGUUAGUGAGAUGAGCGCGAUCCGGGCUGCGAAGAGCCUUCUGGCUUUAAGCCAACAGGAGGAACUAGAAGAUUUGCCAAAAGAUGAUCCCUUGAGCACCAGUGAAGAUGAGGGGGACACUGAUGGAGAGAGAAAGCACCAGAAGCUUCUGGAAGCAAUCAGUUCUCUUGAUGGAAAGAACAGGUGGAAAUUGGCAGAGAGAUCUGAGGCUAGUCUGAAGGUGUCGGAGUUCAAUGUCAGUGCUGAAGGAUCAGGAGAAAAACUAGUCCUUUCAGAUCUGCUUGAGCCCGUUAAAACUUCAUCCUCGCUGGCCACUGUGAAAAAGCAACUGAAUAGAGUCAAAUCAAAGAAGGCUGUGGAGUUACCCCUUAACAAAGAAGAGGUUGAACGGAUUCACAGGGAGGUAGCAUUCAAUAAAACCUCACAGGCCCUCGCCAAAUGGGAUCCCAUCGUCCAGAAGAACCGGCAGGCAGAACAGCUGGUUUUCCCCCUGGACAAGGAGCCGGCAGCCGUUGCACCCAUUGAACAUGUGCUCAGUGGCUGGCAGGCAAGAACUCCCCUGGAGCAGGAAAUUUUUAACCUCCUCCAUAAGAACAAGCAGCCAAUGACAGACCCUCUGCUGACUCCUGUGGAAAAGGCCUCUCUCAAAGCCAUGAGCCUGGAAGAGGCUAAGAUGCGCCGAGCAGAGCUUCAGAGGGCCCGGGCACUGCAGUCCUACUAUGAGGCUCGGGCUCGAAGAGAGAAGAGAAUCAAAAGCAAAAAGUAUCAUAAACUUCUAAAGAAAGAAAAGGCCAAGAAAACCCUAAAGGAAUUUGAGGCACUACGUAAGGUCAAUCCUGCUGCAGCCCUGGAAGAACUGGAAAAAAUUGAAACUGCCAGAAUAAUGGAGCGAAUGAGUCUUAAGCACCAGAACAGUGGGAAAUGGGCAAAGUCAAAGGCAAUUAUGGCCAAAUAUGACCUGGAGGCUCGCCAGGCCAUGCAGGAACAAUUGGCUAGGAACAAAGAACUGACGCAGAAACUCCGGGCAGCCUCUGAAAGUGAGGAAGAGGUGGAGGCAGGUGCGGAGGAGGAAGGCGAGCUCCUUGUCCCUGAAGCGGUGAACAAGGUGCAGGUGAAUGGAGCUGGACCCAACCCCUGGAUGCUCAGGAGUCGCUUGGGUGACCCCAAAGAAGAAAUCCAGGAGGACCUGGCGCAACAGCCAAAGCCUGUUGCCCUUGAGGUUUCUGAAAGUGAAGAAGAAGACAAGCCAGUGGCAGAAGAAGAAUUGUUGCUAAAAGAAUUUGCGGAAAGGCGAUUGCUUAGGAAAAAGUCCAGACUCAAUCAGAACACCAACUGGGGGGGCAAUCAGGAAACAAAAGAUUCUAGCAGCCAGGAGGUGCUGUCUGAAAUCAGGGCACUAUCUCAGAAACUCAACAAGGAAAACCAUCAGUCCGGGAAGCCAACAGUGACUUCUGUGGGGACGGCUCCACCAGCCCAAAGUCUGGAACCUGCCGAGGAAGAAGAGGAGCCCUUGCUGGUGCAGAGGCCGGAGAGAGCACAAACUUUAGAAGAGCUUGAAGAACUGGGCAAAGAAGGAUGUUUUCAAAACGAGGGGCCUCCCAGGCCUGUGUCAGAGGGUCAGCACUUGGGGAGGAACCGUGGUGAUCAGCCUGGUGCCCCCAAGGAGAAGAAAAAGAAGGAGCAAAUGAUUGAUCUGCAGAACCUUCUCACCACAAAAUCUCCGUCUGUGAAGUCUUUGGCAGUUCCCACAACAGUUGAGGAGUUGGAAGAUGAAGAGGAAAGAGAUCAAAAGCAGAUGAUAAAGGAAGCUUUUGCUGGGGAUGAUGUCAUCAGAGACUUCUUGAAAGAGAAGAGGGAGGCUGUGGAGGCGAGUAAGCCAAAGGAUGUGGACCUGACUCUGCCUGGCUGGGGCGAGUGGGGUGGUGUGGGCCUGAAGCCCAGUGCCAAGAAGAGACGCCGGUUUCUCAUUAAAGCCCCUGAAGGUCCUCCAAGAAAAGACAAGAAUUUGCCAAAUGUGAUUAUCAGUGAGAAGCGAAACAUCCAUGCCGCGGCUCAUCAGGUGCGGGCACUUCCAUAUCCAUUCACCCACCAUCAGCAAUUUGAAAGGACCAUCCAGAUACCUUUAGGACCUACAUGGAACACCCAGAGGGCCUUCCAGAAGCUGACCACACCCAAGAUUGUCACCAAGCCAGGCCAUAUCAUCCAGCCUAUAAAAGCAGAGGACGUGGGAAACCAGUCCCCCUCAAGGUCAGACAUCUCUGUCAUACAGAGGAAUCCAAAAUGACUGUCCUCGCAGAGCAAAAAAUAGCUGAAGAAGAUCUCUGUACAUUGAGUUGCUGGAGGAGUUAUGUCCUGCCGGAACCAGGAGCCCCGACUGAGCAGUGGCCCGGUUUUACUCCAAGCUGCAGGAUCCAUUCCAAAACUGGCUUAGCACACUGGUCAUAGUUAAGCCACAUUUUAGAAAUAAAAGCAUUUUUAUCU